CAAGGGUGUGUUCUGAGUCAGCUUCGGCAACGGUUCCUAGCGGCAGCACCAAACAAGUCGAGUCGACGCAAGCUGCAUUGCUUUCUCAAUAUAAAUAAGUUUAAUUCGAGACGUCAUCUUACUCUCACCUGAAAACCAUUCAUUCAUUGAUCAAACUCCCAAAACAAUGGCUUCUUUCAAUCUCUCUUAUUCUUCCUCACCAGCCCUCUCAUGUCCCCGGGCGAGCAAACAAUUCAAAUUAUUCAAUGAUGUGCCUUUUGUCCGAAUGAAUUCUAAAUUUCCCUCAAGUGACAAUGCUAUUGGGAGAAUUAAAGCUAAGUUGAUCUCUGGAGGGGGUGAUCUACUUUCCUAUCCAAAUGGCAAUGGCAUUGUGAUAGGUAAAAAUCUGGUUGGUGAUGAAUCUGUUCGAAUUGAGGUACAGCCGAAUAGAACACUGGCAGCAGACACAGGGCUAACAAGCAAUGUUUUCUCUAUUGACAACGAUGAAUUUGAUUUGGACAGCCCCACAGCAGGUUUUGCUUCCAUUUCUGAGGCAAUUGAAGACAUUCGCCAGGGAAAGAUGGUAGUGGUUGUGGACGAUGAAGAUCGAGAAAAUGAAGGAGACUUGAUAAUGGCAGCACAGUUGGCAACACCCGAGGCAAUGGCUUUUAUUGUAAAACAUGGAACUGGUAUAGUUUGUGUAAGCAUGAAAGAGGAAGAUCUGGAUAGAUUGGAACUUCCUUUGAUGGUGAAUAGUAAGGCUAAUGAUGAGAAACUUCGUACAGCAUUUACUGUGACAGUGGAUGCUAAACAUGGUACAACCACUGGGGUGUCAGCUCACGAUAGGGCAACAACAGUCUUGGCCCUUGCGUCUAGAGAUUCUACUCCAGGCGAUUUCAACCGGCCAGGCCAUAUUUUCCCACUAAAAUACAGGGAAGGUGGUGUCUUGAAGAGAGCUGGACAUACAGAAGCUUCUGCUGAUCUUGCUGUACUUGCUGGCUUGGAUCCAGUGGCAGUUCUGUGUGAGAUUGUAGAUGAUGAUGGUUCCAUGGCUAGACUGCCAAAGCUUCGCCAGUUUGCAGAGCGUGAAAAUUUAAAAAUUGUAUCUAUUGCUGACUUAAUAAGAUAUAGAAGAAAAAGAGAUAAGUUAGUGGAUCGCUCUUCUGCUGCACGGAUACCUACAACGUGGGGACCAUUCACAGCUUACUGUUACAGAUCACUUUUAGAUGGGAUUGAGCAUAUUGCCAUGGUUAAGGGUGACAUUGGAGACGGACAAGAUGUUCUUGUGAGAGUACACUCAGAGUGUCUGACAGGAGACAUAUUUGGAUCUGCCAGAUGUGACUGUGGAAAUCAGCUUGCACUUGCGAUGCAACAGAUUGAGGCUGCUGGUAGGGGUGUGCUGGUAUAUCUCCGUGGACACGAAGGAAGGGGCAUUGGAUUGGGUCACAAGCUUCGUGCUUAUAACCUACAGGACGAUGGACGAGAUACUGUUGAAGCCAAUGAGGAGUUGGGAUUGCCAGUUGACUCCAGGGAGUAUGGCAUUGGCGCACAGAUGUUGAGAGACUUGGGUGUACGAUCUAUGAAGCUGAUGACAAACAAUCCAGCAAAAUAUAUUGGGCUCAAAGGUUAUGGUUUGACAGUUUCGGGUAGGAUCCCAUUGUUAACUCUUAUCACUUCGGAGAACAAGAGAUAUUUAGAGACCAAACGUGUGAAAAUGGGUCACAUAUACGCCAUGGAAUUUAACGGCCAAUUGAGCACUCAUGACAGUGGUAAUGAUAAUGCCACCAGGGUUGAUGACUCUAAUACAGUUACUGGUUUAUAAACAUCCUUUUUAUAACUAGAUACCUGGGUCGGACACAUAUGAAGAACUAGAUUUCCAUACUGCUGAUGAAUACACAAAGUUAUAGAUUAUAGAAACCAUUAUUCUAUUUGUGAUUUGAUUUUUCUUAUUCAUUUGUCUGAUAAUCUUCAGGCAGGCAGGCUCUACCAAAAAUGUUCAUCUUGAUUCUUGAAACAUAGUGCCAUGACAAGGGCAUUGCUAUUUCAGGGUUAUUUUUUCUUUGGUGCCUUUUAGAGGUUCAUCAUUUCUGGACUCUGGAAGUCAUUGGCCCUAGUUUCUUCAUUCUUUUUGGUACAUUUACUCAUGUAUCACAGUUCCUCUAUAAUGUCCAUGAUAGAAAAGUUAUGAUUUGUAGCUCUACUGUGUAUUAUAAAUAAAUUCCUUUUGUACCUUGUCAUAGCUAAUGGUUAAUAUUGGUGGCUUGACGGUUAUA